CGAAAAACAGUAGGAAGUGUUAAGAGAGAUGCGUUCGGUUUUCGAUGUGGGAUGUGGAGGAAAGAGAGCCACGGUAGCAGCAGCAGCAGAAAGGUUCCACCUUUGCAUAAACCUGCCUAAGGUACCCACAAGCAACGCAACAACCCAAUCCUUCUCAUGGCUUCUUUGCGUAUCACAAGAUUCCUAACCAACCUUCUCAACUCCUCGUCUUUCCCAAAAUCUCAGAACCCCUUUCCUACAACCCUUUUCUCGCUUCGCCCUUUCACAUCCCACGCUCCCAACGAUCCUCACUCUCAAUCUCUGAAUAUCGAUCUUUCCAACGAAGAAAGCAAAAGACGCUUGUUCAACAGGCUAUUGUAUAGAAGCAAGCAGCGAGGGUUCCUGGAACUCGAUUUGGUGCUUGGGAAAUGGGUGGAGGACAAUAUUCACUCAUUGGAUGAAAAUCGCAUUCGAGCUCUCGUUCAUGUUCUUGACUUGGAGAAUCCAGAUUUAUGGCAGUGGAUAUCUGGGCAAGAGCAACCCCCGGAAUCAAUCAGCACAAACCCAGUCUUUACUGCAGUGCGAGAAGGAGUUAUGAAAAAUCUUGAGAGUCAUUCUGCUCCUGAAACAAGAGCAACACCUGGCCAACCAUGGGUAAGAGGCUGGGAUGAUAUCAAGAAAUUUCGGGGUGGUCCCAUUACUGGGAACCAGUAGCUUCGGAAUCAAUGAAUAGACACAUUAUUUACCGUAUUUUAUACUACUAUUUACGGUUAUGUAACUGCAAAAUAAAGCUAUAUGGUAGCUACUAGAGAACAGUGAAAGGGAUGAAAACUAAUGGAUUGUGGUUGACUUUCUGGAAGCUUGAUAUAGCUGAUGAGUGAUUUAUACUGUGGUUCGAAAUGCUUGAUUAUGGAUUUUCCGUUCUAAUUG